CCUCGGUCCACGUGUAGUUCCUGAGCUGGGAAUAGUUACUGGAUUUCCCAAACCCCCUAACAUCGCCGGAGGCAUUGCUUUGUUUCUUCUUUUCGUUCAUCUUUUCUUCGCAGCCGUAGGCGCAAUGUCGUUCUCAUGGCCAUGGCAUUUCGUGGCCCUCUCAGACGUUGAGAAGCAGGAGCGCCGGGAGCUUCUGGAUUUACGUGGAGUCUACGCUCAAUGCUCUGUUUUGGUUGCUCUUGUUCUCGUGCGGGUAUAUAAAAUGACUUUGGGGGCUGCGCCCGCCACCGAAAAGCCGACUGAGAGGCGCACACGGCGCAAGAACCUGCAAAGGUCCUGGCUAGACUCGCCGCCAUUUGCUGGCUGGAUGGAGACCAAAAGACAGUAUAUUAUCUGCCUAAUCUGGCUCGGCUGGCUUCUGGGUCUUUCUGUAUGGAAUUCUGGUGAAGAUUACCUCCACUUCACCAAAGCUCUGGCCCAUGUCAGCCUUUCCCAACUUCCCUUGCAGGUGCUCAUGUCACCAGCCUUGUACAUGAGCCCAUCGCCAGGAUCGCCAUCAGUCGUGUCGGUUCUAACCUCCGUUCCGCAACCCACCAUCAAUGCCUACCAUCGUCUAUUUGGUAGAUUGGUCCUUGCGCCAUUGCUUGUCGCCCAUGCCCUUUUGUACGACUCAUUCUUUCUACAGUCGAGCCACCCGGACUUCGGAACUCUCUUUGCGAAGCGCGUCCAGGAUACUGACGUCCAGUGGGGAAUUGCUGCAGUCACCAUGGUCUUUGCGGCCGUUUGGUUCGCUCGUCCUGCAGCGAUGCCUCGCUGGGUGCGCUGGUUGAAACCCUCGUCCGCCAAAACUAGACAACAGAUCUUCUACAUCGGGCAUGUGUCGAUUGUGGGAGUGUUGGAACUUGCGGCCUUCUCUCAUGUUUCGGUGGCACGGGUCUAUAUCCUUGAGUCCUUGUUGAGCUCGGCGAUUAAUUUCGGAUGUUGCUGGUUGAUGCAGUAGAUGGGGCUCGGUGCGGGUGCUAGUAAUUCAUUAGACAGGCCUGGUGACGACAGUAGAUCGUGAAGCUCCUGAAAGUCUAACCUGCAGCUGUCUAGCGCGGCAAUGGUCAAGAAUUAUUAGUCUAAGUAGACAAUUCCAGCAAUACUAUGGCUCAAGUAUGGGGUUGAUGUGGAAUUCAACGAACUGUGGUAUAAUAUGAGUAUCUUGUCAGAGCCUUUUCGGUCUAACACAUAGUAUAUACUAUCAAGGUUUCAAUUGAAAACGACGUUAUAUAUCUU